AUGUCCUUCGCUCCGCCACCACAGGAUCCGAAUGCCCAUCUAUAUGACCAGCAGGUCUAUGGGGCUGCCCAAGCCCAGUCGCCACCUCAGUAUCAGGCUGGGACGACGGCGCCGGUAGGCGGGUUCUCAAACUACUCGUAUGACCAGACUCAGGUGCAGCAGCAGCAGCAAAAACAACAGCAACAGCAACAGCAACACCAGCGCGCUGGUUCUGAAUACGAUAUCCACAGCCAGCUGUAUAGACCCACUGAAGUGGAGGCUAGCUCUCACUACCAGAAAUAUGCACAGAAGGCCAUGAAGAAUCCUGGACAGCGGCCAAGGAAAUUGGAGGAUAGAGCAGAGCGGUUGGAAGGUGGUAUGAAUAGGUUCCUGAAGAAGCUUGAGAGGAAACUUUGA